AUGCAAUACGCCAAUUGCGUGGCGGCGUUUGCCCGCUCAUGGGUCGCUUCGAAGGCUGCUCUUUCCAGUCGCAGCCCCCUCCUUCGGCUGCUCAUACCGGCCGUCGUGGUUUUUCUCCUCCUUGGGCUGUACCUUCUUGCCACCGUGCCCGUACCAGAUCGGUCCGCCAUAUGGCUUCCACCAACUCAUGAGAGCCAAGGACUGGCGGGGCAGCUCGUCGACGACGACGACGAUGGGUACCCCCCCGAGACGGACGCGUCGAUGAAGAGCGCGGGGAACAGCACGUUGGGGUUCGGCUCCGUCAACUUUCUCUAUCUGUCGACCCGCUUCGAUCGGCUCGAUGCCAUGUCGCUGCAGUCGUACCUUUCCGGCAUUGACGUGACCGAGCAGCUGGGCGUCGGUCCGGAGAUGAUCAAGGACGCGGGCAUGCCGCCGACGCAGAAGCCGCGCGAGCUGACGAUCGGCGAGAAGGGUUGCUGGAGAGCGCAUGCAAACAUCUGGUCGGCCAUGCUACGACAAAAACUGCCGCCCGUGCUUGUCCUGGAGUCGGAUGCGACGUGGGACGUCAAGAUUCGACAAAUCAUGCCCAGGCUGAAUCAUCAUUUCCGCCAAUUCUUGGCCGACACGAAGUCUGCCGCCCUUCCCCGUGCCGGAUGGAGCGAGCCGGCCAAGGUGGUGGCGGGGAACGGCAGCUUCGACGCAGCGCCGGCCGAGGAUCCUUGGCUGAGCAGCCAUUGGGAUGUCCUCUUUCUCGGCCAGUGCCACGAUACGAUCGAGAACAAGGAGGUCCAUCGGAUCUACAAGGAUCCGUCCGUGCCGGCCGGCAGAGACUACUGGGGCCGGACGCUCCAACACGAGAGAGUCAUCAGGCGAUCGGGAGGCAUCAUUUGCACGACGGCGUACGCCGUCAGCGAGACCGGCGCCGCGAAGCUGCUGCUAAGGUCGGCCGUGAAUCUCGACAUGCCGGUGGAUCUGAUGAUGAGGGAGAUGAUUCUCUCGGGCGACCUCGUGUCCUACAGCGUAACGCCGCCGAUAUUCGCCCAGUAUCAGUACGCCGAAGGCAUCGGCAUGGAAGAGCGCGGCGCCAACAGCAACAUCAGAGGCGGCCAGCUGUUUUCCGCCUUCUUCUCCUUCUUCAUACGCAGAAAGGCGUGGGAGAACGUGCGGCUGUCUGGCAGCGUUUGGACGACGAAGCGGGCCCACGAAGAUGUUGCCUUCAACGAGAUGGCCCUCCAAAGCGCCUGGAGACGGAUAUUCGGGACCAAGAAGACGGAGUAG